AUGUUGACCAAGUUCGAGUCCAAGAGCAACCGCGUGAAGGGGCUGGCCUUCCAUGUGAGUCGUCCGUGGAUCCUCACGUCGCUGCACAACGGCGUGAUCCAGUUAUGGGACUACCGGAUGGGCACUCUGUUAGAGCGUUUCGACGAGCACGACGGCCCCGUUCGUGGCGUCGAUUUCCAUCGAUCGCAGCCUCUUUUUGUAUCGGGAGGUGAUGACUACAAGCUCAAAGUGUGGGACUUUAAGCUGCGUCGCUGUCUGUUCACGUUGCUGGGCCACUUGGAUUACAUCCGUACGGUACAGUUCCACCACGAAUAUCCGUGGAUUUUGAGCUGUAGUGACGACCAGACCAUUCGUAUCUGGAACUGGCAGUCGCGCUCAUGUGUGUCCAUCCUUACGGGCCACAACCACUACGUCAUGCGCGCCCAAUUUCACCCGAAAGACGAUCUCAUCGUCUCGGCUUCGCUGGAUCAGACUGUGCGAGUCUGGGACACAACGGGUCUCCGUAAAAAGACAGUGCGAGGCGCACCUACGGCAUUGGAUGACAUGGUGGCGCCGCCUACGUCGCGCUCGAACAACCACGACAUAUUUGGAGCCAGCGAUGCGAUCGUCAAGUACGUGCUCGAAGGUCAUGACCGCGGCGUCAAUUGGGCCAGUUUUCACCCGACGUUACCGCUGAUUGUCUCGGGGGCUGAUGACCGUCAAGUGAAGCUAUGGAGGAUGAAUGAAACCAAAGCGUGGGAAGUGGACACGAUGCGGGGACAUACGAACAACAUCUCGUGCGUGCUGUUCCAUCCUCGUCAGGAGCUGAUUAUCUCCAACAGCGAAGACCGAUCGAUUCGUGUGUGGGAUAUCUCGAAACGCAUGGGAUUGCAGACCUUCCGUCGUGAGAACGACCGCUUUUGGAUGCUUGCGGCCCACCCCUCGCAAAAUUUACUGGCUGCUGGCCAUGACUCGGGCAUGAUUGUGUUCAAACUAGAGCGUGAACGCCCAGCCAUGGAUAUCCACGACGCCCGUGCGUACUAUGUCAAAGAGCGCUACGUGCGUAUGUACUCCUUCAUCGAUAGCAGCGAUGUACCGGUGGCAGCAGUGCGCCGCACAGGCACCGCAGGAGCAGGUACCGGCAGCUUGCCACGUAAUCUUACUUACAACCCCUAUGACCAAAACUCAGGCACCAGCAGCGUGAUAAUGACGAGCGAUGCUGAGGGCGGUUUGUAUGAGCUCGUGACGUUUUCACAGGGUUCAAAUGGCGACACAUCAGAGUCGAGCCGAGGACCAGGACUGUUUGCCGUAUUCGUGGCCCGCAACCGCUUUGCUGUCCUGGACAAGUCGCGUCACAUUGUGAUUAAGAAUUUCCAGAAUGAAGUGACAAAGAAGAUUACACCGCCCAAUGGCACGGCACAUGGAAUGUAUUUCGGUGGUGUGGUGGGACGCGUGCUGCUUCAUAUUGACGACAAGAUGGUCCUUUACGAAACCCAGAGCCGUCGUGUACUAGCUGACGUUCAGGCGUGGCGCGUGAAGUAUGUGGUUUGGAGCCCUAACUACGAAUACGUGGCUCUGAUCAGCAAACACUCUAUCGUGCUUGCAGACAAGCAGCUUACUCACUUGUGUACUAUCACCGAGUCGGUGCGAAUCAAGAGCGGUAUCUGGGCUAAUGCCCCUGCGGAGAUUUUCGUCUACACCACGCUCAAUCACAUCAAGUACUCACUGACUAAUGGUGACGCUGGUAUCAUUCGCACCUUGGAUGUACCUGUUUACCUGACGCACCUCGAAGGAUCGAAGCUCUACUGCCUUGACCGCGAUGCCAAGAUGCGCACGAUGGCUGUUGACCUCACGGAGUGCGAGUUUAAGAUCGCACUGAAUAAAAAGAAUUACACAGAAGUGAUGCGUAUGGUGCGCCACUCGAGGUUGUGCGGUCAAGCUAUUAUCUCGUACCUGACGAAAAAGGGCUACCCAGAGGUUGCAUUGCAUUUUGUCAAUGACGAAAAGACUCGUUUCAAGCUGGCCAUUUCGUGUGGUAACCUAGAGGUUGCACUGAAUUCGGCCUAUGAGUUAGAUGACAGCAAGUGCUGGUACCAGCUGGGAGUGGAAGCUCUUCGCCAAGGUAACAUUCAGGUCGUAGAAAUGGCUUACCAGCGCACGAAGAACUUUGAGCGCCUGAGUUUCCUCUAUCUGGUCACUGGCAACCGUGACAAGCUUAAGAAGAUGCUGAAAAUUGCUGAAGUGCGCAAUGACAUCAUGGCGCGCUUUCACAAUGCGCUGUACAUUGGCGAUGUUGAGGUCCGCGUGAUGACGCUAGAGUCUGCUGGCCAGUUCGGUCUGGCGCUAUUGACAGCAGCCACUCACGGCCUCACUGAGCACGUAGAGAGACUGCGUGUACAACUGCAAGAGACGAACCCAGACUUUGAUGUGGAUGCUUUCUUGGCGCGCGAGAUGCUGCCGAAUCCUACGCUCUUAUCUCCGCCCUUGUCUGUGAGCCGUUUGGAGAAUGAGAAUUGGGCGUUGGUGGAGAUCAACGAGCCUACGAUUCAAGACCACGCGAUUGCCGCUGAGAAGCGGGAAGCUGAGCGCAGUCUACAACCACAGCAACCGAGUCAGGGUCAUCGUUUAGUGGAGGAACGCCCAGCCCGCAAGUCGUCGAUGGAGUUGGUGCUCGAUGGCGUCGACGGUGCCGAUGAUGCUUGGGACAUGGAUGGAGACCUCGACUUGGACGAUGCACUGACGGCUGACGGCCAGUCGCUAGUCACGGAUUCCGCUGUAUUAGAAAACGACUUCGCUGGUCUCAGUACAGACGCUGGUUUCGUGGCAGCUCCUACGGUUGGCACAAGUCUUGCUGUGCAAUGGGUGCGCAACUCAUCGUUGGUGGCUGACCACGCUGCUGCCGGGUCAUUCCAGACAGCAAUGCAACUAUUGCACCGUCAGAUUGGCGUCAUUAACUUUGAGCCUCUGAAGCCUGUGUUUCUUCAGGUGUUUUCGGGUGGAUCGGUCUGCUUACCGACGCAGGGAAACUGCCCGUCACUGCAGGUGUGGUUGCAGCGGAACGAUGCGAGCCAAUCUGCGGUCGUGAUCUCGUUUGCAGCCCUUGUCGAAGAGCUCAAGCAAGCUUACCGUUCGUUUACGAGCGCCAAGUUCGACGAUGUGAAGACACACUGUCAGACGAUCCUGUAUGCAAUUCCGUUCCUGGCUGUGGACUCAAAGGAAGAAGCUGAGAAGGUAAAGGGCUUGCUCACGGUAUGUCGUGAGUACUUGCUUGCCUGUCGCGUCCGUGCUGAGGUCGCCGCUGUGCCGCUGGAGAGCAACCCGAAGCGCAACAUUGAGCUGAGCGCGUACUUCACGCACUGCGAACUGCAGCUACCGCAUUUGGUGCUGACACUGAAGAUUGCAAUGACAAAUGCGUUCAAGGCUGGCAAUUUCAUCUCGGCAGCGUCGUUCUGUCGACGGCUGCUAGAGGUUCCAGAGGUCGCACAGCAUCCUCGGCACGAGAAGCUGCGUCUGACUGCUCGCAAAGUGCUCCAGAAAGCAGAAAAAGAGGCUCGCAACGAGCACGCCGUGGACUACCAGGACUCGAAACCGUUUGCGCUGGACGCACGCAACCUCACGCCAAUCUACUUGGGCGAGCCAGAGGUGCGCUGUCCGUACUGUGCUGCUGUGUACCACUCAGCGAGCAAAGGCACGCUCUGUGACGUGUGUGGCAUUUCGAAGAUUGGCGAGGAGACAAUUGGGCUUGUAGUUACUGCGGCUCAGUAA